AUGGCGCAACGCGGGCCUUCUGGACACGGUGAGACGGACCGACGUCGGCGCGCAAGCUCUAACUACUUUGAGCUGGAUGCUGAUCGACGCCGCAACAAGUCGGAGCGCUCGGAACGAUUUAGUAAGCGCCUCAGUACGAUGGAAAUGACGCCUUCGAGUACUAAAGGCACGGCACAGGACGAUGAGAUUGCUGUAGAUUAUUGUUGCGAGUUUCUCAGGGCAAAAUUUGGGUUUCAAGAAGGUUCUGUGAGUAAUCAGCGAGAACAUGUAUUGCUUUUAUUGGCUAAUGGCAAGGCACGGUGUCAGUCGACCGACGCGGCCGACCACCAUCUCUUGCAAUUGGCCAAUAAAUUGUUUAUGAACUAUCAUUCGUGGUGCAAGUUUCUGCAUGCGACGCCAGUCACUUAUACAGGCAAUAACGUGCCAAAUUCAACUUCUGCUGGCAAUUUGUAUAUGGAUGUGAUGCUCUACUUUUUGAUUUGGGGAGAAGCUGCCAAUGCUCGUCUUUUGCCUGAAUGUCUGUGUUAUCUAUUCCACCAGAUGCUGACGAUGGUGAAUGCCGACCCACAAGGCAACGAACAACAGCCGGAGGGGUGGUACUUAGACCAAGUGAUUCGUCCAAUCUGGAGAGAAGCGAGCAACAUGAAGCGGCGCAACGCGCUAGGAAUGCCUCUAGAGCAUGUAAAAAUUCGAAAUUACGAUGAUAUCAACGAAUACUUUUGGAAAGCUCACUGUUUGAGCAUUCCGGUGACACAAGUAGGUCAGGAACUGACUCAAAAUCAUGGCAAGACAUUUUAUGAACACCGCAGUAUUUUUACGAUGGUACUGAAUUAUUACAGAAUUUUUCAAUUUCAAAUGAUGUUGCUUGUCCUUUUAACAGUAUUAGCCUUUGCUGUAACGAUUUCACCUGAUGGUGGUCAAGGUGGCUGGGCGCAAUUUGGUAGCAUUGGCGACGUAGUGGCACCUUACAGCACUCGUGACUUGAGAGUGGCGAUUGUGGCCGUUCCGUUCAGUUUAAGUUUGAUGGCUUUUUUUAAAUGUGUCAUGGAAGUGUGCCACGGAUGGCAUUUGCUCGUUUCAAAAGAAAGUUCCACAACAAGCUCCCGAUCUCUCACGUAUGGUAUGGCAUUGGGCACUCGCAUUAUCUGGAAUGGUGGUUUUGCUAUUCUAUUUGCAAUCAUGAUUUAUGUACCACUGAAUGAAGACCGAGACACGAUGUUGCUUGAUAAUCUUUAUACACUGUGUGGUGCAUACAUUCUGCCUGGAGUGUUGAUCCUGCUAACCCAAGCGUUUGCGCCGCAACUGAUUAAUAGUACGUUUGCCGUCAAGUUUGUACGUGAGGGGGAAAGCUGUUAUGUUGGUCAAGACAUGAUGCCUCCUUUAUCGUACAAGAUCAAGUACAUAACGUUCUGGAUUGGCCUAUGGAUUAUCGAAUCCAUUACUGCCUACGUGAUCCUCGUGCGUCCAUUGAUUCUUCCAACCCUAAGCAUUUAUGAUAUGCAUCUCGACUAUCAAAAUUCACUGGUAUCGUUUCACAAUAUCGGUAUCAUUGUGGCAUUAUGGCUUCCUGUCGUGUGCAUUUUUAACUAUUCCACUCAAAUUUUCUUCACUAUUUUUCAGGCAUUAUUGGGUGGAUUUCAGGGUAUUCUUAUGAAAACGGGUGAGAUUCAUGGCGGAAAAGAAAUGACUAAAGCCUUUCGUGUGGCCCCACAGUUGUUUGACCAGAAAGUUGUGACUCUGCUCGCAAGAUCCAGUGAUGCACCUACGAGUAGUAUGGAUAAUGUCCGUGCCAGUGCCGUGGCGGCUGCAUACGAGUCGCAAAUGAUGCUUCGAUUUGUGGUAGUUUGGAAUGAGAUAGUUAAUUCGUUUCGGGUAGGGGAUUUACUAGAUGAUAAAGAAGCAGCGGUACUUCAGUACGAUAUUCGAAGCACCGGAGAAGUUUUUGAACCAGUGUUUUUAUCGGCUGGGAAACUCACUGAAGCCGUGGGAUUGGUUAUCAAAGCAGCCAAAGAAGGCAAAGGUGAGUCUCAGCUGCGCGUGACGCUGGUGGAGAAUGACUGUUUAUCGGCCAAUCGAUCAUUCUUUACUGCCAGUAUGUACGUCAUUAGUGCACUUUUCGGCACAGACGACGCGGACGUCGUGGACGGGUUUCGUAUGAUGGAGGAGCUGGCGGCCAAUGGUGGAUUCCUUAAGUCGUUUAAUGUCCGUGAGUUGGCCACUUUGCGUCUUGCAACAGUAGAUUUACUGGAGGAAAUCCUUGACUUACCGGAUCCAGAUGUGCAGUCACAACACAUUCCAAACACUCAAGUUCAUUCGAUGGGGGUCAUACGCAAUUUUGUGGCCAAAAUGGAAACAUUUCUAAACCAUGUUCAGUCGUUUUGCGUCGAUCCAGCCUUGCAGCGUAAGUUCAGCAACUCAAAAUUCUGCACAAGUGCCAAUGGCUACAUGUAUGCUUCGCGCGGACUGGUCAACUUGUUUUGCAGUGACACGGCUAUGGGUGCUGCCACACGUGCGUGUUUGCUCUUGUCGCUGGAUCGAUCGGAAGCAAUGCCUCGGACUAUGGAAGCGCAACGUCGUCUUGGUUUUUUUAUGAAAUCGCUGGUGAUGGACAUCCCGCAGCUGCGUUCGAUCAAGGAAAUGCGCAGUUUUUCGGUUGUGACACCAUUUUAUGCUGAAACAGUCUUGUUUUCCCUGAAAGACUUGAAUGAUCCCCUUGUGAACCAUCCAAUUUUUCAGCAAGUAGAAGAAGAUGGGAAGAAUUUGACGAUUUUAAAAUACCUGACCAAGAUUCACCAAGAAGAAUGGGACAAUUUCUUAGAACGUGUUGAUGUGAGUUCAGCUGAAGAAGCGCAGAAGAAGUACCCAGAAGAAAUUCGAUUGUGGGCUUCGUAUCGUGGUCAAACUUUGGCGCGUACAGUGCAAGGAAUGAUGAUGUACGAGGAUGCGAUCAAGAUUCUUCACUGGCUUGAAAUCGGGUCGAGUCCUGGCAAGACCCCAGAGCAGAAGCAGAGCCAAUUGCAAGAUAUGGUGCGGCUGAAGUUCUCGUAUGUUUGCGCGUGCCAAGUGUAUGGUAAACAUCGUCUCGAAGGAAAGGCGCAAGCCGCAGAUAUCGACUAUUUGCUGCGAGAGUACCCGAAUCUGCGUGUAGCGUACGUGGACACUGUGGAGUGCAAUGGAGAUAAAAUUUUCGAUACUGUGUUGAUCAAAAGCGAAGCUGACGAGAUUGUUGAAGUUUAUCGCUACUCGCUACCAGGUGACCCAGUACUUGGAGAAGGAAAACCAGAGAAUCAGAACAAUGCCCUUCCCUUUACUCGAGGCGAGUUUGUCCAGACUAUCGACAUGAAUCAACAGCAUUACUUUGAAGAGUGUCUGAAGAUGCCCCAACUUCUAUGUACUGCUGAUUUGCAUCCAUCAAAGAAACCGGUCUCAAUCAUUGGUAUGCGUGAGCACAUUUUCACUGGAAAUGCCAGCUCGUUGGCAAAGUUCAAGACGUGGCAAGAGCUGGUUUUCGUAACGCUAUCACAGCGUGUGCUGGCCGAUCCAUUGUGUGUACGAAUGCAUUAUGGUCAUCCUGACGUGUUUGACAAAGUUUUGGCCAUCACUCGUGGUGGUGUCUCGAAAGCUUCUAAGGGCAUCAACUUGUCGGAAGAUGUCUUUGCUGGAUUUAACACGACGUUGCGUGGUGGAGUCGUGACACAUGUGGAAUUUAUGCAGUGUGGUAAAGGACGAGAUGUGGCAUUAUCACAGAUCUCCAUGUUUGAAGGCAAAUUGGGCAAUGGCGCAGGUGAAACGUCGUUGUCACGUGAAGCUCAUCGAAUGGGUCAGUUUAUGGACUUCUUUCGCCUAAACUCCAUGUUCUAUGCCCAUACGGGAUUUUUCUAUGCUACCUGGAUGACAAUUGUCACAACGUUUGUGUAUAUGUACUGCAAAGUGUAUAUUGCCUUAUCGGGUGUUCAGUCACAAAUUGUGUACAAUUUGAAUUCGACCGAAGUGAUUAUGGGUAAUUCCGAGACCUAUGGCUUUGAUAAUCGGGUGUUUGAAGACAUGGACUCGGUGUAUAAUACGCAGUACUAUAUCCAAGCAGGGCUUUUUCUAUCGCUGCCGUUGAUCUGCGUAUACUUUGCUGAAAUGGGUGUAUUACGUGGUCUGGUACAGUUUCUAGAAAUGGUGUUCACUUUAGGUCCAGUUUUUUUCAUCUUUCAACUUGGCACGACCAUGCACUUUUUCGAUAACAAUUUGCUGCAUGGUGAAGCAAGUUAUAAAGCUACUGGUCGUGGGUUUAAAAUUACAAGAGAGACAUUUGUGUUGCUUUAUAAAGCCUACGCGUCAAGUCAUUACCGCAAAGCCAUGGAACUCAUCGGCUUGUGUCUCGUGUACUUAGCCUUUGGUGCGUUCGAAAUUUGUGAUACGUCUGUGGCUGGUGAAGAGAAUUCGCUGGCGUUUGAAUAUUGUGAUACGUCACAAAGUUUUGGCGUACAAACGUUUGCCAUUUGGGUCAUUGCUGUCGUGUGGCUCGUGGCUCCAUACAUUUUCAAUACGGAUGGACUGGAUUGGGAAAAGACGAAAGCAGAUGUUGCAACAUGGGCCAAGUGGAUGUACGCUACUGAAGAUUACGUUGACAAAGACCAGGUGAUGGUUGGAGGAUGGAUUGGGUGGUGGAAAGGCGAGCUGAAAGCAUAUCACAACUCGAAACCUAUUGCUCGCCUAACGGUGUUAUUUAGGGAAUGUCGCCACUUUGUGCUCAUGUGGUAUGUUGUAGCACUCGAAUGGGAAAUUUUGACCGUUGGACUUGUCUUUGCAUUUGCAGUGGUUACGAUCUUGGCCAUGGGACUCUUUGGGACGGUAAAUGGCACAAUGCGCAACAUCAAAGCAACUGUUCGUGCUAUCAUGUACACAUGUACAGUGACGAUGGCAGUGAUCAUAUAUUUCGUCAUAGCAAUGGCAAUUUUCGAUUUAAGCUUUACUCGUGCCAUAUCUCUUUUUUUUGGGUAUAUGGCUGCGCUGUAUGGACUGAAUGAAAUGGCGCGUAUGUACAGUUUUGCCUCGUCGUCUAUUGCCACCGUAGGCAUGUUCCAGCAACUGGCUUUCUUUUUCGACUUUGUAUUUUCUGUGUCCAUGAUUAUCCCGCUUUUGAUUAUGUCGGCGGUUCCGUUUUUAAACAUUGUGCAAACGAGAAUGAUGUACAAUAAAGGCUUUUCUGAAGUCGUUUCAGCUUCGUCCCAGUAUGCAUUCUCACUAGCUGCAUUUAUGGGGAUGUUGGGCGGCAUUGGCUGUGGCUGGAUGUUUCACUUGUUCACAUCACUUGAAAGUACUGCUGGCUUCUUGAGUUAUGCUACAACGUACAGCUUGCUUGAUGGCAACGUUGGUGAUGGUACAGUCACAUACGCUUUCUACUUCGCCAACAUCUUUGGUACCUUUUUGGCAGGAGUUCUUAAUCACUUUAUCGGCCGACGUUUGACGAUUGUGCUUGGUGGUCUGUUGACUGUUUCUGGAAUGCUUGGAGUCAGUGCAGUGCAAUCAGCUGGCGAAGCCUUGUUGUUGCCAGGCAUCUGCUUACUCGGGAGCUCUGUUGGUGUGCUGAUGCCAACCUUGGCUGUCUAUAUUUACGAGAUUUCAACUCGUGACAUGCGUGGAAAAGCAUUGCUGCUUUUAGGCUGUGGUUUUAUCCUUGGCAUUCUAUUUGCCGCUUGGUUCUCCUCAUCUUCGGACGAAGUCGGAUGGGUGUGGCAAGUGUUCAUUGCGACUAUUAUUUUGUCCAUUAUGACACCAGCUGUGUACAUUUUCCCGGAAAGUCCGUAUUGGGUGUAUAUGCGCAAAGGUCUUGAGUCGUGUGAACGCUGUCUGACUAUAUUACGGCGAAAGGAGAGUGUUUAUGAAGAGCUAAGAAUGAUUCGUGAUGAAGAAGCGGGCAGUGAUGACUCGAGUGCAAGUGGAGGCACGUUGUUCUUAAAGUUCUUGGUGGGUCUCAUGUUGAUGCUUGUGUCUAGUAUUUUUCUGGGCUGUGUCAACAUGUAUAUGUCAAAUACGUUUCGCAGCAUGGAAGACGCGACGUACACAUUUGUCAACUGUAUGGCCAUGCAACUCCUUGGUGCUCUCUUUUCUUUUUUCUUUAUGGAUCGAAUUGAUCACAAGCGCAUUCUCUUUUGCACGUUGCUGCCAAUGGCAGUGCUUGCAGUAGUAUUGGGACUGAAUGACCAUUCCCCGUUUUUCUCGGGUCAUAAUGAAUUUGUCUUGUUGCAGAUUCUGGGAUUAUUAAUUUACUUCUUUGCGGGACUUGGUAUCACGUCAGUGCCUUGGGUUUCGUGUGUGGGACUUUUUAAGACGAGUCAACGUGCCGUAUCGGUAACUGGCUAUUUCAUGGUGUUUUUUCUUCUGCCUGUGUGUGCGACUUAUAUUCGAUCGAACGAAGCCGGAAAUGGCGGUCCAUAUUUGUACCUAUUUGCAUUAAGUGGAUGCUGUGUAGCUGCUAUUGGGAUUUUGUUCACGACAGGGACGCUCAAAAAUGGAAUGGUGUGUACCAAGGGUGAGAUGGAGGCUGAACGCACACGGCUCCGUCGAAUUCGUGCAUCUCGUCGGAGUGCUCGCACACCCGGCAGCGCACGUUCAAGAAAUCUUAGUCGCUCGCGCGUAAAGUCGCACUCGAAUUAUCAAAUGUAUGAUUCGCCUUCUGGCAGUGCGCCGUAG